AUGGGUCAGGAUGAUGGAUAUGACGAUAUAUUUCUCAUCGCUCGUUCACAGCCAUGGAAGAAAGAGGAUCAUCCUGUAGCAACACUAUACUCAGCUCAUUCUGGCAUCACGGUUGAUCUCUACACAGACCAGGAAGCAUUGCAUCUACACACCUGGAAUGAUGCACUACGGCCGGUACCGCUGAAGAGAACCCAAGGCGUGGGAGAAGUACCGCUGUUUGGGGCAGUUUCGAUGAAGAUGCAGGACUGGUCGGAUGGAAUAAAUAAUCCCGAAUGGCAGCGCAGUGGGAAAACUGUCUGGGGAAUGGAUGGUUUGUACACCACAUUUUCUUCUUUCAGAUUUACUGUGGACCAACAGUAG